AGAAGGUAGAAUUAUUCAUGCAUUGAUGGCAUGACGCUGCAUUUCUAAUCAAUGGGAAACAUAGUAUUUUACGAUACUUGCCGGGUAAUGCUGAAUUGGGCUGCUUUACAGCUCGCGUAGUUGUUUUGUAUUAGAGCCCAACUGAAAGACUUGUUCUAUUAUAUCCCGACCACUUAGACUACCCAGAAGGGUCUGUGCCGCUUGGAUGCUCGGUGCGGUGACUGAGUGCCUCGCCGAGAGACAGCUCGUGUGCUUGCUCUGCUCCGGGUAGGGGAGGGAAACUGGUGCAUCACUGUAAGUACGUCUUUAGUUAUCAACAGUCGCGGGGAGCUCCGUAAAGCAAACUGCUAAACUGUGCACUCUUUACCUAUAUUGCAAACAACGAAAGCGACAUUUAUAGAGUAGGUUACUAUUUGAAUGUAUUCGGUCGGUGAUACAAUACCUUUUGCACUCUAGUGAGGGACGGAUAUUAAUUGUGCAUAGCCACCCAACUCACUCACCAACAGCAUUGCCACGAUUCAACACAGUGAUGUCUGUGUACAGAAUUUUGAUAGGAGUAUCAAAACACGGAUUAUUUCAAUGAAAUACCAAUUGCAAGGAUAAUUACACAUACGAGUGAAGACCCAGAAAGGUACCAAAAGGAUUCCAUACAUUUGUGAUUGGAUGUGAGUCUUUGACCCCAGAAAUCUGAUGAUGAUGUUGCUAUGGAAACUGCUGGUGCUGAAGUCACUCAUGGGGUGCCUGGCAGAGAGCAGUGUCUUGCAGAGCCCAGUGUUCACCAAGCAGCCUGGCAGCAUUGUGUUUCCUGUUGACUCCCAGGAAAACAACAGAGACGUGGUGUUCAGCUGUGAGGCCCAGGGAAGCCCAUCUCCCCUUUAUCGGUGGAAACUGAAUGGCACCGCGAUCACUCCCAAAUCAGCCUCACACUAUAGCCUGUCUGGAGGCAACCUCCGAAUCAGCCAUUUAAACAAAGACCAGGAUGCUGGAACAUAUCAGUGCCUCGCCUUCAACUCUUUUGGGACCAUCGUUAGCCGAGAGGCCAGUCUAACCUUUGCAUACUUGGGAAACUUCAAGACCCACCGAAGAAACUCAGUGUCAGUUCGCGAGGGACAGGGGGUGGUGCUGUUGUGUGGUCCCCCAUCUCACUCUGGAGAUCUGACAUUCUCCUGGAUUUUUAAUGAGUAUCCCUCGUUUGUGAAGCAGGACACACGACGCUUUAUCUCCCAGGAGACGGGGAAUCUAUACAUCGCUAAAGUGGAGCCCUCUGAUGUGGGCAACUACACCUGUGUGGUGACCAAUACUGUCACCAAAACCAGAGUCCAGGGCCCGCCCACGCCUUUGGUGCUCCGCAGUGAUGGUAUAAUGGGUGAAUACGAGCCGAAGAUCGAAGUUCAGUUUCCAGAGAUUGUCCAUGUAGCCAAAGGAUUGACAGUGAAACUGGAAUGUUUUGCAUUAGGAAACCCUGUCCCCUCUAUAAACUGGAAUAGAGUGGACGGAAUCCCCUUUUCUAGGAAGGUGGACGUGAGGAAAGCCAGCGGUGUCCUGGAAAUCCCUUAUUUCCAGCAGGAAGACGCGGGCACAUACGAGUGUGUGGCAGAGAACUCCAGGGGGAAGAACACUGUAAAAGGAAAGCUCUCAUUCUACGCCCCUCCACAUCUGAUAGAGAAACCUGAGGAUGUGCAGAAGCCCAUUGACGACUCUCUAGUGUGGGAAUGCAAGGCCACCGGGAAGCCCAAGCCCUCCUAUAGGUGGAUGAAGAACGGAGAGAACCUGGAGUCACUGGAGGAGCGCAUACAAGUUGCCAAUGGAGCGUUGUCAAUCAGCCGGCUGACGCUGUCCGACAUUGGAAUGUAUCAAUGUGUGGCUGGAAACAAACAUGGGGAGGUAUACUCCAAUGCAGAGCUCCGAGUCAUUGCUGUUGCCCCAGAUUUCUCCCAGAACCAGCUGAGGAGCCCCACCAUGGUGAAGGAGGGAGGAGACGUGCUGAUCGAGUGCCGGCCCAAGAUGUCCCCCUGGGGCGUGAUCUCCUGGAGGAAGGGCAGCGAGGCUCUUCGAGAGAGCCACAGAGUUUCCAUUCUGGAUAACGGAAACCUCCGCAUACAGAAUUCAACCAGACCAGAUGCAGGCCUUUACACGUGUGUGGCAAGAAACCAGUUUGGAGUGGCAAGCAGCUACGGGACUCUCAUGGUCAAAGAGCCGACCAUUAUAACAACGGCACCGUCCACACUGGACGUGACUGUAGGAGAGAGCAUCGUGCUGCCGUGUCAGGUGACUCAUGACCCGUCUCUUAAGCUCAUGUUCACCUGGUUCUUCAACGAGCAGCUGAUCCACUUUGGCAACCACGGCGGAUACUUUGAAAAAGUGGGCGGUCAGCAUUCCGCUGGGGACAUCAUGAUUCGGAACAUCCAGCUGAGACAUGCAGGGAAGUACACCUGUGCAGUGCAGACCAAGGUGGACAGCAUCUCCAUCGCAGCAGACCUGGUGGUCAGAGGUCCCCCAGGCCCACCUACCAGCAUCCAUGUAGAAGAAAUCAGUGACACCACAGCCUCUCUCUCCUGGAGACCGGGGCCUGAUAAUCACAGUCCAAUUACCACAUACACUAUCCAGGCCAGGACACCCUUCUCCCUGGGCUGGCAGGCUGUCACCACAGUUCCUGAGGUGGUGGGGGGCCGCAGUCUGACAGCUACAGUAAUAGACCUGAGCCCCUGGGUGGAAUAUGAGUUCAGAGUCCUGGCAAGCAAUGCCAUUGGGACCGGGGAGCCCAGCAAACCAUCCAAACAAGCAAGGACAAAGGAGACAUCUCCGAAGGUCACACCAGCUAAUGUGAGCGGAGGUGGAGGCAGUCGCUCAGAAUUAGUCAUCACUUGGGAGCCUGUUCCUGAGGAGCUGCAGAACGGAGGAGGGUUUGGCUAUGUGGUGGCCUUCAGACCGUCCGGAGCCACAGGCUGGAUGCAGGCUGCCGUGCCCUCAUCAGAAGCCUCCAAAUAUGUCUUUAAGAACGAGAGCAUCCAGCCCUUCUCCCCCUUCCAAGUGAAGGUUGGAGUGUACAACAACGAAGGGGAAGGCCCAUUCGGACCCGUCAUCACCAUCUACUCUGCAGAGGAAGAGCCUGGCAGAGCGCCCACCAGGAUCCGUGCCAAGAGUCUGUCUGCGUCUGAGAUUGAGGUUUCAUGGAAAGCCCUGCCUUGGAACACCAGCAAGAGAAGAGUUCUAGGCUAUGAGUUGAGGUACUGGGAGAAGAGAGAGAGGGAGGAGGCAGCCAGUGUCCAGAGGACGGUAGGCAACCAGACGUCAGCCAUUAUCCGAGGGGUGAGAGGAAGUAACACUUACUACGUCACAGUGAGAGCGUACAACACGGCCGGGGCUGGGCCUCCUAGUGUCACUGUCAAUGUCACCACCAAGAAACCACCGCCCAGCCAGCCCCCAGUGAAAGUGAUGUGGAACACAUUGAAUUCCAAGAUAAUCCUGAACUGGGAGCAAGUCAAGGCCCUGGAAAAUGAGUCAGAGGUCACUGGCUACAAAGUGCUCUACAAGCGUAACCGACACAGCCGCCCUAGUGUCAUGGAAACCAACACGACGUCGGUGGAGCUCUCCCUGCCUAUGAAUGAGGAGUACUUCAUCCAGAUCAAACCAUUUGGGGAGGGAGGAGAGGGGAGCAGUAGCAGACAGAUCACCAUCCCCAGAAUACCAGGUCCCAAUGCAAUUGGCUCGGCGACCAAGGUCUCUACUUUAUCAGCCCUCAGUACAAUAGCAUUGUCUUUCACAGCGCGAACAUCGUUAUGACAAAGCGCUCCCAGUGAACAUUGCAUCUGAUGCGGAGGCAUCUCAACAACGGAACACAAACACCCUCCGCCUGGUGUAACUAGAUCCAUUCAUUUAGGUUUUAGAGGCAGGAGGACGAGCAACGUUGGAAAAAGUCAUUGAGAUGAGAAGGAGAGAAAGGGCCCCGCUUUCAACAUCCCGCCGGCCGGCGAGAACAGGAAAUCCACCGAUGUCUUGACUCUGUUGUUACCAAAGCAGCUUUCAUUAAAAUGUCUUAUAUGCAUCUUUUGUAUGAUAUGUCUAGCUUUUAUAGAUUUAUUUUGAAACCAAUUCAUAAUUAGUCUGGGCUUUUUAGAAAAGGCAAGGUUGAGUGGAGUUCAGUGUAUGCCCAUACUUACUUACAGAUACAUUUUUUAAGUUUUCAGUUUGUUGGAAAGAGCACUUUUGUUGUCUAAAGUGAAGAGCAUUUUCUGGUCAAAAAUAAACCUGUAACUGUGGUUUCAUGUCAAACAAAGACCAUAAUUCAGUCUUCUUAGAAACUUAGGAAUUGUUACCACUGAAAUUAUGUGUGUAUUGCUAACUAUUUUUUAUAUAUUUUAUUUUAUUACUCCAUAAAACAUUGCACUGAUGCCUGAGGAAAAAUUUGACUUAACAAAAAUGUGACAUUAUGUUAAAGGAUGAGAGUGACUUUAUUCACCCUCACUGGUUUGAAGUCCCAUCUUCCGCAGGUUCCUCAACCUUGACCAUUUAAUUGCACUGGUGACUGGACCCUCAUAUGGCUGUCUAUCUCAUCCUCUCAGUUAGCCAUGUGUCUACUCUGUAGCUAUUCUAUUCAACCUCUGUUAGCCGUAUGUCUACUCUGUAGCUAUUCUAUUCAUCCUCUCAGUUAGCCAUGUGUCUACUCUGUAGCUAUUCUAUCUCAUCCUCUCAGUUAGCCAUGUGUCUACUCUGUAGCUAUUCUAUUCAUCCUCUCAGUUAGCCAUGUGUCUACUCUGUAGCUAUUCUAUUCAUCCUCUCAGUUAGCCAUGUGUCUACUCUGUAGCUAUUCUAUUCAUCCUCUCAGUUAGCCAUGUGUCUACUCUGUAGCUAUUCUAUUCAUCCUCUCAGUUAGCCAUGUGUCUACUCUGUAGCUAUUCUAUUCAACCUCUGUUAGCCGUAUGUCUACUCUGUAGCUAUUCUAUUCAACCUCUGUUAGCCGUAUGUCUACUCUGUAGCUAUUCUAUUCAUCCUCUCAGUUAGCCAUGUGUCUACUCUGUAGCUAUUCUAUUCUUUGCCUUGUGUGUGCCUCAUCAUAUGUUCAAAACCCUCAGGUCCUUAAAGAGCCUUAAACUUAUAUAUAUCAACAACUAUUAGAAACCUAGAUGUCUGUUAUACAGGUGCUGUAUGAUGUGUAGCUACACACUGCACCAAUAGACAGGUUGUAGGGGUUUGAGUUAUUACCAUCCAAUGUAUAUUCCUAUGGUCAUUCUUAGGGCCAAGUUAUGUAGUCAAGAAAAUCUCCUUGUCCUAGUUAUAUAUUAUAGUUAGGGCCAGGGUUUUUUCCUGACCCUGUGACCUCGCCAGGAAAAUCUCCUGGCUCUUGUCAUUCUGUAUGAAGGAGUGGUGUGUUUCAACAGCAUGGUGCUGUUCAGUAUGGUUUAAGGACAACGUGGGAAGCCUGGGACAUUUUAGUGGGUUCACUGACUGCAUCCUUACUAAAAGACAAAUGCUGCUGAUGAUCCUUUCCUUUCCCAUAGUCUUCUGAUGCUGUUUGAAACUGGUACAGUACAUUACGUAUGUAGCUUGUAGUCCAGUGAAGAAGUUAAAAGUGCAGGUAGUUUGUAGUACUUUCAAAGGGAAGUUUAGGCAGGAAUCAUGCAUCGAGAAAUGUGUAAUAUACUUUUUUGUACACUUCAGAUCAUUUAUAUACAAUGAAAACCUUUCUAAAGAGCUGAUUAACUUGGUUUUUAUGUAAUAACACAAACGUUUCAUACAGUAGCUAAAUGUCGCUUAGCAUGAAUGUGUUUGCCCUUUUCUGUACAUCUGCUAACUGACUGAAUGGCUUGAGACCACGCAAAGAGAGCAGGUUUGUGCAUCUCUACCCGUUAAACCACUAUGUCUGGGCUUCUGUCUCAGACAGGUAUGUCAUCCUGUAGGCUUACACCCUUUGGGAUUUACCAGUACAACUAUCCAUUUACUCCAUGUCAAGUUCUGUUUUUUUGCUGUUUGUUUAUACUGUGUUAUUGAAUAAAGUUUAUUGAUUUAUAGAA